AAGCUGAAGCAACGAUACCACUUCCUCUAAUCUAUCGUGGCCAUUUUCAACACGGCUGGCUUUAUUAAAGACAUUUACAGACACACUCACAUUUGGGACCCCCUAAACUGUAGUCAGGUGGGACUGGAGGGACAAAAAGAUCCUGAGAAACCCAUGAAAAGCAUAUUUUAAGGGAAUAGAUUUUUGGACUGUGCCAAGAAGAAAACAUUAAGCAAAAUUGUUUACAAGAUCCCAAUCUCUGCACCCCCUCUUCUCAUGAGGCACUGAAGAAGGAAGCCUUUAAAAUGGCCACAGUCGUGCAACCAAAUGAUCUGGUCUUUGAGUUUGCAAGCAAUGUCAUGGAGGACGAGCAUCAGCUUGGAGACCCUUCCAUUUUUCCGGCUGUCAUUGUUGAACACAUUCCAAAUGCAGAUCUCCUGCACAGCUACUCAGGUCUGACCUGUGUGGAUGAACCAAACAACAUGAUUACAGAAAACUCCUUGGAUGUAGCAGAGGAACAGAUUAUUGAUGAUGAUGAUGACAUUACUCUUACAGUUGAAGCAUCAUGUCAUAAUGGGGAUGAGACUAUGGAGACCAUUGAAGCUGCCGAGGCACUACUAAAUAUAGAUUCCCCUGAUCCUAUGCUGGAUGAAAAAAGGCUGGCUAACAUCUUUGGUUCAGCUGAUGAUGACCUUUUGAGCACUCCCGUUACUCAUGUCUCAGUCACUGUUGAUGGAAUCCCAGAGGUGAUGGAAAUUCACCAGAACAUAUAUGAAGAGAAUCUAGAAUCUAAUUUACAUGAACAACCUAAGAGAAAAAAAGGAAGAAAACCAAGAAAUCCUCGUCCUGAAUCCCCCACCACCACCCCAAAUAUAUCUGUCAAAAAGAAAAACAAAGAUGGUAAAGGAAAUACAAUUUAUUUGUGGGAGUUUUUGCUGGCUUUGCUUCAAGAUAAAGCAACUUGCCCAAAGUACAUAAAAUGGACGCAGAGAGAAAAGGGCAUUUUCAAACUGGUAGACUCGAAAGCUGUUUCCAGACUGUGGGGUAAACAUAAGAACAAGCCUGACAUGAAUUAUGAGACAAUGGGCAGAGCCCUCAGGUAUUAUUACCAAAGGGGAAUUUUAGCCAAAGUAGAAGGUCAACGACUUGUCUAUCAAUUUAAAGAAAUGCCAAAGGAUUUGGUGUAUAUAGAUGAAGAGGACUCUAGUUCCGGUGCUGAAUACUCUGGCAACUUGUCUUCAGAAUUCUCCUUGCAGCACUCUUCAGUUACUACUCCCACCAGGAACCAAGCACGGGCAUCCAAGGGCUCUUCCAACACUGCAUCAAGGGCCAGCUCAGCCACAGUUCUAAAGAAUGGAUCUUCUAAAUCUUUGAAGUUAAAAGAAGAAAUAGAUACAGUCCAGCAACAGGUCUCCUUGCUGCCAUCAGAUUUAUUGAGGACAAUUCAAGCUUCUCCAGUAACACAACCGCAUCCAACUCAGUUAUAUCGGACAGUGCAUUUAAUGCAGUCUGGACAAGCUAUUCCAGAACAAGCCAUAACUUAUAGCACAAUACAGAAUGACAGCUUGCCUGGUGCUCAGACUGUAAGAACUAUACAGUCUCCAGGACAAGUACCAGUUGUGGUCUCUCCAGGGAAUCAGCAGCUGCAUACAGUAACACUCCAAACAGUGCCUCUCACCACAGUCAUAACGAGCACAGAUCCAGUCUCGGGAACAGGGUCACAGAAAUUUAUACUACAAGCCAUGCCUUCAGUUCAGCCUAUGACCGUACUCAAAGAAAAUGUGGUGCUACAAUCCCAAAGAACAGGCUCACCACCUCCAUCAAUUGUCCUGAGCUCAAGCCAGGUACAGCAGGUUCUCGCCGGCAAUGUUCAGAGUCUUUGUAAUGGAACAGUCAGUGUGCCUUCAUCGCCAACCUUCAGUGCAAAUACUCCAGUCAUGAGCUUUUCAACCAGCACUUCAUCUCUGCUCACCCAGCCUUCAGGAACAGUCAUCACAUCUGUAAUCAAGUCACCUGAUACCAAACAGACACUUCUUCCUCUAUCUACAACUCAAGGUCUGCAGGAGGGAACACCAGAGCACGCUGAGCAGACUGAGCAGAAGUAUCAGCCACCCUGCGUGUUGGUAGUUGCCAAUCCUAACGGGUUUGCUUCUUCUUUGGAAAUCAAACAAGAAAACGACCAAUGGGCAUUUGACUCAAAUUAACAAACCAAACCUUUUAUAUUUAAUAUUUUGCUCCAAAUGUGAUAGGUUCUUCCUCAUCUAUUUUUUUAAUUCAAAGCCUCUAUUUGUAGCCUCUUCUUGUUUUUUUUCCAGUAAUGUUCAAUUUCAGUUCAGCAGAUUUUGAUUUCCACAUGAACUCUGUAGGUUUAUCUGGAACAGAAAUCAGGAACAUUCAUUUAAAUAUCGUUUUCUAUACCAGAUGUUUCAGAGACAAACCGUGAAGGAAUCUAUUUUUGUCAAUCUUUUAAUGUGUUUGUAUAAGCUGUGUAUUCUGUACAUUCUAUGUUGUCAGCCUGUAAAUAAGUUACUUUGGCAUAUCCGUGCUUUAUGGGGGUUGAGCUUUUUGCUUCAUACUCCAUUAUAGAUGACUAUAGGCCAUCUUGGAGUACACAUAUAUUUUCUUUGUAUAAACCAAUUGUCCAGAAUAAUCAGAGAAAAGGAAAUGAAAUAUUCUAUGCAGAAAUGAAAUACAACCUUGCUGUUGUAAUGCACUGUUUAAAAAGGCAUUGGAUUUCCUUUUCUGUCAGAUUUGUGACAGUUCAGCAACUGAAAUUCAGUUGACUUUACCUUAGCAGUAACUACUGUGCCUUAGUUUGAAUAAAAACUAUAAAGAUGCAUUAAAACAUAACAGGUGUUGCAGGCAGAGUUUAAAGAGAUGGAAUACGUUUUUUUAUUACAUGUAAAUAUUGUAUAUUAUCUGCAACUCUGAAAAUUUGCAAAAAAUACAUAAAGGGGCAGUUCACCCUCACAUAACUUAUCAUUUUCAAGUAGUAUACAACAAAUUAUGACUUUUUCCCCCCAAGGCUUUUUAGUUUUUGCCAUUGUUCUCAUAUCUAGAUUUUAAAAAUGAGUUUUGUUAUUCUCCUACUACCUUCCAAAUUGUUAAAAAGUCAUAGUGACAACAAAUAUAUGGACUGUAACAGUUGCUCUGGGACAGUUUAGUAAAGCUCAGGGAGUAUACUCAAAAGGAAGUGCUGCACUGCGGUGUAACAAUAAAUGUAUCCAAUUAUAACAGUUUCGAGAGCCAAUAGAAUAAGCCUUGUUUGCUGAGUUGCUACCGGGAAACUGGAGAGGGAGACCACAAAUGUAAUCUUUUUGUGAAUUUAUCAUUUUAGAAAAAAUAAAUAAAACAAAAUGAAAGCAAUCAAAAAAAGUCAUUAUUUGUUUAAAAACCAAUAAGUUUAGUGAAAGAGAACUGCCCCUUUAAUAAAACUAAUUUCUAUUUCUUAAAAUAGUUUAAGAAAAAAAAAAAUCAAAUUUUAUAGUCACAAAAGAUCAGUUAUAUGUUUAGAUUUGAAAUGCUAUAUGUAUUGAUAGAUAUUGAAUUUGUAUUUAAAAAAAUUAAAUGUUGGAACACCUUUCAACCUGCUGUUUUUGUAUUUUAAUUUGUUAAAUAAAAAGAAAUAAUAAUAGU